GAGGAUCAGCCAGUCAGAGCAGCGUGGGCUGAAACUGCACUCAGGAUGAGGGACACGGGAAAUGUCGUGGUGUAAAGGAGUAGGAUGGGGUAGGGCAGUUUUUCCUCAGCUGUGGAUGUGCCCCUUGCUCUCCCAAAAUGAUUGGUGUGCUCCUGUUUAACUAGAAGGUCAAGCUGGCACUUUGAGAGCAUCACGUCUUGCUUGUAGCCGAGCUCCUGAAUUUGGAACUGCACUCCUGAGAUGCCAUGACCCUCCCCUCCAGCGAGUCCUCCUUGCUUGUGGUGUUCUGCCAGAAUGUGCAUCAUCCUUACUGAUGGGUUUUCUACCAAAGCAGCUAUUAAUAAAUCGUCUUUACUAAGAAUGCUGAAAUCACGUUUUUAGUAGAAUUAUGGGUUUUCGUACCCCAUGAGAGGGAUGGCACUGGGGGUGUCUGGGAGCCUUGUGUCCUGAUAUGACUGUGUGAUGUCAGCUGCCAAAGGCCAUAAUCAGCAGACCACGUCAUUUAGACAUCCUGUGACAGGACAGGUUUCUCCAGAAAAUAUUGAAUUUAUUUUGCGAGAAGAACAGAAUUCAUCUAUGUCCAACCAACAAAUAAACCAAAGGCCUUCAAGCAUGGUCAGUGAAACGUCCACUGCAGUAACUACGUCUGCUGUUGAUGCAAAACCUGCCUCUAAGGUUGUGAAGACUGGAAGCAAAGUUCACAGCUUUGGAAAAAGGGAACAAGCCAUCAGGAGGAAUCCCAAUGUCCCUGUGAUAGUAAGAGGCUGGCUGCACAAGCAGGAUAGCUCUGGAAUGCGGUUAUGGAAGAGACGAUGGUUUGUGCUUGCUGAUUUUUGUUUGUUUUACUACAAAGACAGCAGAGAGGAGUCUGUUCUGGGGAGCAUCCCAUUGCCCAGUUAUGUCAUAUCUCCAGUUGGACCUGAAGAUCGUAUCAAUCGCAAAUUUUCUUUUAAGGCUGUUCACACAGGUAUGAGGGCAUAUAUUUAUAACAAGAAUUCUGUCAUUGGCUCUCAGGCAGAGCACACAGGGAUGAGGACGUACUACUUCAGUGCAGACACCCAGGAGGACAUGAAUGCCUGGAUCCGGGCUAUGAACCAGGCUGCUCUCAUGCAGACACGCUCCUCACUGAAGAGGGAAACUGAAAAAGUGGAUCAGCAAGCUGUUCCCCAGGUCAAUCAUGUGGAUGCCUGCAAGGAGUGUGUGAGGGCAGAGAUGACAGACACAAAAGGAAGUUAUCAGAAAUCAGCUGAAAUGCUGGGAUACGAUAAGCGGGAGGAGAUUAGAAGAGAGAAGGAGGAGGAGGAGCGUUACAUCCACAGGAAAGAAACUCUGGAAACCAAAAAGGGAAAGGCUAAGCAUGCAGUGACUGAAGCUGAUUCAUUAUUUCCAGACUUGAGGAAUGCAUCCUGGUCCCAAGUAGCUCAGCCAGCUGAGAAGAAUGGAACUCUCCCUAGUUCACUGAGUGUGGGUGCUGGCCUGGUGGAGCAGAAUGGCACUGGCUCAUAUAAAAGAGGGUUUGUACCCAGAACAAAUCCAGAUAAGCAGUUUCAAAGGAAAAGUAACAUGGCUCAAGUGGAGCACUGGGUAAAAGUCCAGAAAGGAGAUGCAAAAAGCAUCACUUCAGAUCAGACUCUUACACGUCAGGGUCCCAAUCCUCCUUUUCCUGAGAACUAUCACACUUUGCCAAAGAAUACCAGGCAGCCUUCAGGGAGCUCACCACCACCAAACCGCAAUCUGCCGAGUGACUACAAAUAUGCACAGGAUCGCGUCAGCCACUUGAAGAUGUCCCAGGAGGAGAGGAAAGCAAACAAGGAUGGAACUGUUUGGCAGCUGUAUGAGUGGCAGCAGAGGCAGCAGUUCAAACAUGGCAGCCCCACUGCCCCACUUUAUGCGGGUUCCUCAGACUUCAUGGAUCGUGCGAAGUCAAAAAGCUCGUUAGAUGUUCCACGGUCAAUCUCUGUUCCGCCCUCUCCGUCUGACAUUCCUCCGCCUGGACCUCCAAAAAACUUUCUCCCACGGAGGCCACAUACUCCUGCAGAAAGGCUCACAGUUAAACCAUCUGAUGAGAGACAGACUGUGGAUGUUCCUCUAGCUGGAUCCCCCAGGAAGAUUCGGAAUCGUGCUGUAAAGAGCUCCACCCACCUGGAUCGGCGCUCCAUGCCUGCCAUGGGCUACAUGACCCACACGGUGAGCGCGCCCAGCCUGCACGGCAAGUCGGCGGAUGACACUUACAUCCAGUUGAAAAAGGAUCUGGAGUAUUUGGAUCUAAAGGUGACAGGACGUGACACAUUGAAAGAAAGAAGUGCAAAACCUGUCAAGGUUGCAGAAAGUGAUAUUGAUGUGAAACUGAGUGUUUUGUGUGAGCAGGACAGAAUUCUGCAGGACUUGGAGGACAAAAUAAGAGCCCUUAAGGAAAAUAAAGAUCAGCUGGAGUCUGUUUUGGAGGUUUUGCACAGGCAGAUGGAUCAGUACAAAGAUCAACCACAACAUGCAGAAAAAAUAUCUUACCAGCAGAGACUUUUGCAAGAGGACCUUAUACAUAUUCGGGCUGAAAUAUCCAAAGUUUCAACGGAGAUGGAAAAUGCCUGGAAUGAGUAUCUGAAAUUAGAGAAGGAUGUGAGCCAGCUGAAAAAAGCCUUACAGGAGCAGAUGAGCAGUUCAUUGGUAUCUCAGGAGAAAACACAAAUACAAAAAGACUUGUGGAGAAUUGAAGAUGUUACAGCUGGCUUGAGUGCAAACAAAGCAAACUACAAAACCAUAGUAGACUCUAUAAAGAAUCCAGAGAGAAAAACAGUGCCUUCACUUUCUCAGUCUUCAGUGCCUUCCCUCCCAGCUUCCCUUGCUGCUGUGGAGAGCAAGCUGUCGGUCGCGCAGAGCCCUCCGCGCAGCCCGCUGAAAUCCCCCCUGGAGGUCAGGCUGUACCCGCAGCCCUACUUCCAGACCAGGACACAGCACCAAGCACAGCAGCUGAAAAAAAUCGAGCCACCUCUUCAGUCACCAGUCAAGCUCAAGCCAAAGGUUGAAGAUGAAGCACCGCCCAGACCUCCUCUCCCUCAGCUGUACAGCCCUGAGGAUCAGCCACCAGCUGUCCCACCCCUGCCCAGAGAAGCCACUGUCAUCAGGCACACCUCGGUGCGGGGCCUGAAGCGUCAGUCGGACGAGAGAAAGAGAGACAGAGAGCUCGGCCAGUAUGUAAAUGGAGAUUACAGGGUGGAGCUGCGUUCGUACAUGAGUGAGCCAGAGCUGGCAAUGUUAGGGGGUGACCUCAGCCACCCUUCCAGUGCUUUAAUAAGCCCUGACAGUGGAUACCAGACAUUACCUACCCGUGGUUUGUCUGGAUCAACUUCCAGAUUGCACCAGUCAUCUACCAUUUCAUCGUUUGCAACACUUCGAAGGGAUAGGUCCAAGGAGAGACCAAAGAGUGCCUUGGAACGUUUAUACUCUGGAGACCACCAAAGAGGCAAGAUGAGUGCAGAGGAGCAGCUAGAAAGAAUGAAGAGACAUCAGAAGGCAUUAGUUCGGGAACGCAAGAGGACUCUUAGCCAAGGCGAAAGGCAGCCUGUUUCAUCUCGCCCUUUCAUCAGGCCCGUGUCUGCAGACGUAGGCUCAUGGAAACGAGAGCAAGAAUUUGAUUUGCAGUUACUUGAGAGGGCAAUUCGUGGAGAAGACAAGGAUGAAAAUGAGUGGUUAAAAGUUCAGCCAGUAGCAGUGACAGAGACAGACCUGGAGCCUCAAGACUAUGAUUUAGAUAUCAGCAGAGAGUUGUCAAAACCUGAGAAGGUUGUAAUUCCAGAGCGUUACGUUGAGCUGGAGCCUGAGGAGCCUCUUUCUACAGAAGAACUGGCGGCAAGGCAGCGUAAAGCAGAAAAGAUAAAGAAUAUUCUUACUAAAUCAAGUAUGCACAAUCUGCAGCCUACUGUUGCCCAGGACAAACACAGCUCGAUUGAUUUAGAUUCACAGCUGCAGGAGCAGGAGCGCAUCAUUACCAUUUCAUAUGCUCUGGCUUCUGAAGCCUCUCAGAGGAGCAAGGAGGUAGCAGCCAAAGCAGUAAGUGAGCACUGAUGCGAGACUGGAGGCAAAUCCCGCUUUGUGACGCCGCGCGGAGGACAGAGGAGAUUCUUCUCCAGGUUUCUGUGGAGAUACUCAUUGGCUGGUGACCCCUUCUUCUGGAAAGACAUUCAGAGAAUGAUAGGGGGAUUUUCUAUGAAAAUGAAGAGAACUGCAGAUAAUUUUUUAUUUACUUCAGUUUAGUUCACACUUUUUAUACGAAUAAACGGCACUUUUAAUAAACUCUGUAAAAUACUGACAAUGUAUUUUUAGAACGGUGUAUUUUAGGUUUUUUUUUAAUCAAGGGCUGAAUUCAUUUUAAAAGACACUUCUUGCAUAGAUACCAAAAGAUGCUGUUACUUCCCCCUCAGGCUCAGAUGCACAUCAUAAAGUUUUAUGAGAAAAACCCUGCAAAUUUGAACAAACCAAGAAGCACAUUGUUAGGGUAUGGAUAGAGCUAACACGGGUGACACGUUUGGUGAAAGGGUGUUUCAGAUGGAAUAUUUUUGUAGAGUUGAUCACCCACCCUUUUGCCCAUCAAAUAAUCCAUUGCAAAAACUGUUAGCUUGAAUUUGUAAAUAUUAGUAACCACUGUAUAGCUGAAAUUUCCCAAGAAAGCCAUAACAGAAGCCAGUUUUAAGUCCCUUUUUUUAUGAUCCCAGAUGAUUAACUUAGUGGUAUCAAUCCACAGUUUGUUAGGUUGCCCUUGAAAGUAGUGCUGCCCCCUCUAUAACAAACAGCUAACAAAAUUUUUUUUGGAAGUUGAGAUGUGAAAGAAGAUGAUUUUUAAUUAAAAUAUGUGAAGUAAGCAAUAAACAAUUACAAUGUGUCAUUUGGCUAGUAAAUAUAUAUUUUCUUCUGAUAUUUUUUCAAUAGAUAUUACAAUAUGAUGUACUGACUAGUAUUUAUCCUAGAAACAUAGCAUAACUAAUGGAAUGUGGCACCUGCUAAUUUCCUGUGUAUGUUCACCUGGUGCUUAUCUUUGCCAAACUUUGAAAUUCUGUGCUGUACUUACACAUAGGGCAAAGGGUGAGCGGGUUGAAAUAAGGAGAAAAUAAGACUAAAUGUAUUGCUGCAACUAUACUUUAAAAAAACCUGUGUAUGCAUUGAAUGCAAGACAUGCAAAAACUUCCCAAUGUUAUGUAAUUAGUAGCUGAGUUCAGCUCUGGAUGAGAAAUAACUGAGAAAUACUUCUGCAGUAUUUUGUGAAACCACUAACUUGUCUAUUCCCUGUAUUCAACUAGUAGCUAAAAACCCCUUGGAGUUGACCUUUGUGUUUCAGACUUUAAGACAAAUCAUCAUAUAUUAACACUAUACUCAGAAAUAUUCUUAAAAGUAUAUAUUUAGCUAAUGCAAUCUAUUUUACCUCAAUACUGCCAGUAUCAACUUCAAAACCUUUUGCCAAAAUAAUGAUUUAUUUUUGCCUUUAUAAAAAGUUUUGAAAGCAUAAAUGAAUAUUUUGCAAGAAAACAUUAAUUUAAAUAAAAUGUAACCGUUUGGAAAAUGGUAUAUGUACAGAUUAAAAUAUUAACAUAA